AUGCCCCGAGCACUCGCCAAAGUAGGCGACCGCAUCAUCGCAGAGACAGCGAGUUGGAAGACUGUGGAGAACAACAUCUAUUUUCCCCGCUCAGCAAUCAUCGAUGAUUCUAUUUUGCAAGACUCCGAUCAUUCGACCUUUUGCUCUUGGAAAGGCUACGCCUCUUACUGGCAUGUGAGGGUGGACGGGCAGACCCUUGAAAAUGCAGCAUGGUAUUACCGGGAACCCUACGAUGCAGCGGCGGAUAUCAAGGAUCAUGUUGCUUUUUAUGGUAACAGUGUCGAGAUAUCACAAGAGCCUUGA